GAGUUCUUGCAAGAGCCAAUCCCAGCAUUACAUACCUAGUAUGGAAAUAUACGCCUGCACUUUGCAUAGAGAUACUGAAUACUCAUAUUUCAACCACAACUCUAUCCCUCUUGAAAGUCCUGAAUCGACUAAAUUACUUCUCAAAGUUAUCGAACAAUGCAGGAAAGACUUACUAAUAUCCCCACAGGUGUUCGGCUACCUCGGCCCUGAGUCUGAAUACAGUGCUCUGAACUCGACUCUUGUAGAAGGCAGAGAAGACAUUAUUAAUAAGCUACAGAGAGCUAUAGAAAAGCAUGAUUUCCCUUCUUUUUAUUAUAUCUCCAAAGAAGCCAAGCAACUAAAAGAUCUUCUGAUGAACGAUCAAAUAUUCAUGAAGCAUUCUGCAGCCAAGAGCUGGAAAGAUUCUUAUGCUGUACUUGAAGGUUCUGGUAAGGAGAGUGCUGAGUUCAUUAAAGUUGAACUAAAGGAGAAGUAUGAUAAAUUACUUAAAGCAACUUCAGCUGGAUUACAACAACAAAGACAUCGGGUCUUGGAGCAAACAGAACAAGAGAAAUUAAUCUGAGAUGAAGAAGUGAAGAAAGUUAAACACAAAUUGGCCAAAAAGAAACAAAAAAUCAGACAGCUUAAAAAGGAUCUUGGAGAAAACACGAAUAAAAUUAAUCAGCUUGAACAUAAACUCGAAGAAAAUAAAAUGUCAAUAAAGAAACUUAAAGAAAGGGAAGAUAAAUAUAAAAAGACAAUAUCUGAACUAGAAGCCCAAGGCAAACAAGAGCUAAAAGAGUGCAAACACUCAUACAAACAGAAACUUGAACAGUGUAAAGAGAAGCAUGAACAAGAAAUAAAAAACUGAAAGAAGUAUCAUAACGCAAAAAUAUUUGAUCUAAAGAAAAAUAUCCAAAAAGAUCUGGAGACCACAAAACAAUAUUACAUAGAGGUAAUUGAAAGACUCCAAGAUAAUUGAGCCUUUCUGAAAGAAGAAAGCAAGAAAAAGGAUGCAAGGAUAUCUAACCUUGAUCUAAAAUAUGGAUUAGCUAUGGUUGGCUUAGAUCAAGCUCAAAUUGAAAAGAAUCUUAUACAGCAGAAGUAUGAGCUACAAAAUAAAUUUUCUCAAUUCAAGAGCUAAACUUUCUCACAACACAAGUAAAUCUUCAAAAAUUUGCUUCUUCUCUUUAUGAUGUAGUACCAAUAGUUGAUUUGAGCUUAAAGACUCUCAACUAAAUCUCUAGCACUUAAAACAAGAGGCAUUGGUAUUUAUUAAAGCAAUUGAACAAAAGAUUGCCAAACCUCUUUAGACUUUAUAUUGACUCGAUAUCGACACCUCAAAUAGGCCUAGUUCAUAAUUUUCUAAUAAAAAUUUUCCCCAGAAAGAUAGAUAAGUUCUAUUUUCUUCAUAGUUCUGAGUUCGUCCCUGUUGAUGUGCUUUUCAAUGGAUUGGGAAUGAUAGUCUUUUGUAUCUUAACAGAAUGAAAGAGGAACUAGGAUUCAUUAAUUGCAAUCUAAGCCUCACAGGUAUUUUGAAGUUUGAUAAUAUUUUGAACGAAUGCAAAAUUUCAAAGCUGUAUCUUGCAGGUUGUGGAAAAUCUAGCCUUAGAGAUUGAGCUAAUAACUUUCCAGAAUUCGAAAAUUUUGUUUCGUCGCUUUCCAGGAGUGCAGCAUUUAAGAAGAGCUUGAAGAAAAUUUGAAUGCGUGAUUGAAGUCUCUCUGAGGAUACUUUUGGAGAUACUCUCCAAAAGUAUGGAUUUACAAAUAAGUUUAUUUCAUACAAGUUAAGUACUAACUAUUUCACUUGACUGAUAAGCACCAAGCAUUAGACUUUUGAGAGGAUCAGAAGUAUGCUUCUCCAACAAAAUAGAC